AUGGAAAAUCCAAGAGGCAAAGAGUGGAACUCCACAGAGAAGUCCAGGGAGGAAUGUGGACAUUCUAACUCUGAACAAGAGCCAGCAGAAACUAGAGAGGAUCAGCAGGCUGCCAAUCAACAAAGCACAGUGUUACCGGGAACCUCAACGAAGAAGGGGACCAAACGAAAAAUGUCUGCCAAGCAUAAGGAAGAGUCCGGCCGAAAGAAGGCAGCAGAACACAAUGACGAUUCCAAACCCCGAAAGAAGAUACCAAUUCCUCCCUUACCUUCUCAGCUGCCACCAGUUAAUCUGCUGCACCGGGACAUUGUACGGGCCUGGUGCCAACAAUUAAAGCUAAGCAGCAAAGGCCAGAAAUUGGACGCAUAUAGGCGAUUGUGUGAACAUGCAUAUCCAAAUCAAAAGGAUAUUCCUUGCACAGCGAAGGAGGCCAAGAUCCGGGUAUCAUCACAAAGAAAAUCAAAUGUGCACAAGAAGGAAGCCUCCCAGAAAAGUUCAGAGCAAAGGGUGUGUCGUGAGGGGACUGACCUUCCUGCAGUAGGUCCCCCCCUUGAGGAGGGGUUGCCUGCGCUAGAGUCUGCCUCUCUUCUGGAGGGAGUUAACACGGUUGUGGUGACGACUUCUGCCCCGGAGGCUUUGUUGGCCUCCUGGGCCAGAACUGCUUCAAGGGCUGGGUCAUCCUCAGAGGCAGUGGAAUCUCCACAGGAGAACUGUGAUGUCAGGUGGUGUGUGGUCCAUGGGAGAAGUCUCCCUGCAGACACAGAUGGUUGGGUUCACCUACAAUUCCAUGCCGGACAAGCUUGGGUGCCCGAAAAGCAGGGAGGGAGAGUGAGUGCGCUCUUCUUGCUUCCUGCCUGCAAUUUUCCACCCCCACAUCUUGAAGACAACAUGUUGUGUCCCAUGUGCGUUCACAGGAACAAGGUCUUAAUAAGAAGUCUACAAUGGGAGUAGAAUACCAGAAAAAAGGACACAUCUAUGAUUGUAAAUUAAUGGCAGAAAAGCUUGACA